GAGGAGGCGUCGGGGAGGCGUCGGGAGGAGGACUACUCGUUCGUGUCCGUCUCGGGUCAGUCGCACCGGCUGCAUCAUCUGGAGAAGUUCACCGUCUACACCGUGGCGGUCCAGGCGUUCAACUCCAAGGGGGCCGGGGUCCUGUCCAGGCCCGUUCGCGUCUCGACGCUCGAGGACGUGCCGAGCGAGUCGCCGGUCGGCGUCCGGUGUCGGGCGGAGGAUCCUCACAAGAUGAAAGUGUCGUGGAAGCCGGCGAAGGCGUCGAGGAUCAACGGGAUCCUCAAAGGAUAUCGCGUCGUCUACGAGAUCUCUCGGGACGUCCACGGUAAACUGAUCCGGGAGAGCCAGGUGUUCGAGCGGGAAGAGGCGACGUUGGAGGAUCUUCACCCGGAUACCAAUUACACGGUCGCGGUGCUGGCCUUCAACGGGAGAGGCGAAGGGCCUCCGAGCGACCCCAUCUACUGCCUCACCCUCCCAGACGUCCCGGACGCCCCAGAGGCCGUGCGCGUCCACGUCGGAGUGGGGAAGAGCCUGGUCGUGGCGUGGAAGGAACCUCGCUUCCCGAACGGAAACAUCCUCCACUACGUCCUCUACGUCUACCGGGGACACACCUCGGAGCCGGAAGUGGAGAUCCUCCCCUCCAGCAUGUACCACCACACCGUCCACGGCCUCGACCCCGGCACCACUCUCGCCUUCCAGGUCGAAGCGGUGAACUCGGUGGGAGGCGGCGAGCGAUCCCCUCUCGUCCACGGCACCGUCCCCUCCACCCCGGACUCCCCUCGCCCUCCCGUCGUCCUCACCUUCCCCCGCACCGUCCGCUUAGAACCCGGCGAAUCCGUCGUGUUCCCCUGCGACACCCUCGGCGACCCCGAGCCCCAUCUGACCUGGACCUCCCCCCGCGACGGCAAGCCCCUCUCCCCUCUCAUCGACAAGGCCCUGUUCCUCGGUCACGUGACCCCGCAGGACGAAGGCGCGUAUCGAUGCACGGCCCGGAAUCCACUCGGAACGGACGACCUCGUCCAUCGCCUUCACGUCAUCCGUAAGAAACACCCCCGCUUCCUUCGUCCGAACCGAACCCGACUCGACGAAUCUCGUUCCGACGAAAGGGCGACCCGGAGCACCCCAGAUGGAAGUGUCGAGCGCAUGGGAGAACGGCCUGCGGGUGGCAUGGAAGAUCCCGCAAGACGGCGGAUCCCCCAUCCGAUCCGUCCGGGUGUACGUGAGAGAAGUCUCCCCGGAGCACAGCGACUGGACCGUCAUCACGGCUCCCUACGGGGAACAUUCCGCGGAGAUCCGGGGUAUGGGAUCCUCGUAUUUGAGUAA